AUGUCAAAAGUAAAAUUCACCAGUCAGACAGUGGAAUCAGGUGUUAAAACCCUUUACUUGGAUGAAGAGACGGCUGAUGUUCAUUUCGUAUUCGAAUAUAAUGGUCAAUCCGAUCGUGUUCCAGCACACAAGACUCUCUUGAUUGCCGCCAGCAAAGUCUUCCGAGCGAUGUUCAAUGGGCAGUGGAAAGAGAAAGACGAAGUGCCGAUCCCUGAUGUGCUUGCCGCCGAUUUCGAAACUUUCUUACAGUAUUUCUACUUGAGCGAAGUUGAACUGUCAAUGGAGAGUGUGGAAGGCGUCAUGAGCCUCAGUCAUCAGUACGAUAUCGGUGCAUGUUUCAAUGACUGUGCAACACUCUUGGAACGCAGUUCCACUGCCGACAAUGCUUGUUGGACCUAUGGGCGUGCGAUAUUCUACGAACACGAAGAACUGAAGACUGAAUGUGAGAUAUUCAUUAGUCUCUACACAGAAGACGUCCUCAAGUCAAGCAGUUUUCCCGAAUGUGACCGGGAAAUAUUGAGCCACAUUCUACGUCUUGAUUCAAUGGAUUGCUCAGAAGCCUGUGUGUUCAACGCCUGCGUGGAAUGGGUCAAGACCGCCAGCGGACAGGAUGAAAUAAGUAAAGAAUUGAUUCAAAAUCAUCUCGGAAAUUUGUUCUACGAUAUUCGCUUUGGAUCGAUGACAAUGCAAGAGUUCAACGCCAUUUACACAGCACAUGGAUAUUUAUUCACCGACAAAGAGCAACAGGGCAUCACAAAACUGAUCAAAGCGAAGAAAACGCGAUGGGAGUUGUUCAAUGGAACUCGUCGUGUGAGCCCAUGGGAGAAGUCGGAUGAAUUUGAAUCUAAUGGAGGACUGGUUAUAAAAUAUGACGAUGGACAAAUCGAAAUCAUGAAGUUCUCAACCAACAAAACUCUACUGCUGAAUGCGGUCGUUGUUUCUGAUGCAAGAUACAGACGAGAUGACUCACGUUACGACGACUAUGAUUAUGACCGUGUCACAAGCAAACUCACUGUCUUUGAAAUCGAUCCACUUGGUCCUGAUAAAGCGAAGCCUCGCGUACUUUAUGUCAAUGAAAAUGUGAAACAUCCAAAUGAAUGGUAUGACGAUUACUUUGAGGACGAGGACGAGGACGAGGACGAAUACGACGAAAGGAACGUUAUACGAUUCCCGAAGCCACUCAUCAUCAAACUUGGUUUCAAGUACGAAAUUCGUUUGAAACCAGAAGGGGAAAUACGUGCCAAUACAUAUACUGUUCUGUCUGAUGAGGUAAAGAUGGAACCCGACAUCACGCUGAACUUUGACGAAGGUACCAUUUUGGACGGUGAUGCUGGAAGACUGAUUUCGGAACUCAAAUUCGCAGCAGUUUAA